AUGUUCCGGAGGCGGCGCAGAUGUGACGUGAUGCCCGUUGUUUUGGUCGGCCCGACCAAUGGGACGCGCCGCCCGGAUUCUACGGGAGCCGGGAUGGGCCCGUCGUGGCGGCAGCAGGACGCUCCCCUGCCGACCGUCACGCAUUGCGCAGGGUGCACCACCGCCCGGUCCUGCGGCGGCUUUAACGGCCCCGGCAUGGAGGCGCCGCGGCACUUCCCGCCGGGCUUCGGCCCCGAGCAGCAGCAGCAGCAGCAGCAGCAGCAGCGCCCGCCGGCGGAUAAGGCGAGCCUCCAGCAGCAGCAGCAACAGCAGCAGCAGCAGCAGCAGCAGCAGCAGCAGCAGAGCCCGUGCCUCCAGUGCAACAACUGCGCCUACUACGGGGCUGCUGCGGCAGCCGCCGCCGGGGACCAGCUGCCGCUGCUGCUCCGCGCCUCGUCGCCCCUCGCCCUCCGCACGCAGCCGUCGCCGCUGUCGUCCGCCGCCUCGUCCCGGCAGGGCAGCCAGCUGAACGUCAGCGAGCUCACGCCGUCCAGCCAUGGCAGGCAGCCGCACCAGUUCGCCCAAUACCACCAGUGCCACAGCCUGCAGCAGCAGCAGGCAGCCAGCCCCAGCAGCAGUGUCAGCAGCGGCAGCACCCACCUGCACCACCUCCACCACCACCACCACCAUCACCACCACCAGCAGCAGCAGCGCCGGGAGAGCAACCCCUUCACCGAAAUAGCCAUGAGCAGCUGCAGGUACAACGGCGGCGUCAUGCGGCCGCUCAGCAACCUGAGCUCGUCCCGCAGGAACCUCCACGAGAUGGACUCCGAGGCGCAGCCGCUGCAGCCGCCGCUCCCCAGCCCCGCCGCCGCCGCCUCCUCCUCGGCCGCCCCCGAGAUCGUGGUGUCCAAGCCCGAGCACAACAACUCCAACAACCUGGCCCUGUACGGCCCCGCCGGCCCCGGCCCCGGCCCGGGCGGCCCCAACAACGGUGGCAGCAAGCCCAGCAAGAAGAAGAACCAGAACAUCGGCUACAAGCUGGGGCACCGCCGCGCGCUCUUUGAGAAGCGCAAGCGCCUCAGCGACUACGCGCUCAUCUUUGGCAUGUUCGGCAUCGUGGUCAUGGUCAUCGAGACCGAGCUGUCCUGGGGCGCCUACACCAAGGAGUCGCUGUAUUCCCUCGCUCUGAAAUGCCUUAUUAGCCUCUCCACCAUCAUCCUGCUUGGGCUCAUCAUCGUGUACCAUGCGCGGGAGAUCCAGUUGUUCAUGGUGGACAAUGGAGCAGAUGACUGGAGAAUAGCCAUGACUUAUGAGCGUAUUUUCUUUAUCUGCUUGGAAAUACUGGUGUGUGCUAUACAUCCCAUACCUGGGAACUAUACAUUCACAUGGACAGCCCGGCUCGCCUUUUCUUACGCUCCAUCCACAACAACAGCUGAUGUGGAUAUUAUUUUAUCUAUACCAAUGUUCUUAAGACUGUAUCUUAUUGCCAGAGUUAUGCUUUUGCAUAGCAAACUUUUCACUGAUGCCUCAUCUAGAAGCAUUGGAGCAUUAAAUAAGAUAAACUUCAAUACCCGUUUUGUUAUGAAGACUCUAAUGACAAUAUGUCCAGGAACUGUACUGUUGGUAUUUAGUAUCUCGUUAUGGAUAAUUGCUGCAUGGACUGUCCGAGCUUGUGAAAGGUACCACGAUCAACAGGAUGUUACUAGCAACUUCCUUGGAGCAAUGUGGUUGAUUUCAAUAACUUUUCUAUCCAUUGGAUAUGGUGACAUGGUACCUAAUACAUACUGUGGGAAAGGAGUCUGUUUACUCACUGGAAUCAUGGGUGCUGGGUGCACUGCACUGGUGGUAGCUGUGGUGGCAAGGAAGUUAGAACUUACCAAAGCUGAAAAACAUGUGCAUAAUUUCAUGAUGGACACCCAGCUAACUAAAAGAGUGAAAAAUGCAGCGGCCAAUGUACUCAGGGAAACAUGGUUAAUUUAUAAAAACACAAAGCUGGUUAAAAAGAUAGACCAUGCGAAAGUAAGGAAACAUCAACGCAAAUUCUUGCAAGCUAUUCAUCAAUUAAGAAGUGUAAAAAUGGAACAAAGGAAACUGAAUGAUCAAGCCAACACAUUGGUGGACCUGGCAAAGACUCAAAACAUCAUGUAUGACAUGAUUUCUGACUUAAAUGAAAGAAGUGAAGAUUUUGAGAAGAGAAUUGUUACUCUGGAAACUAAACUGGAAACUUUAAUUGGUAGUAUUCAAGCUCUACCUGGACUGAUUAGCCAGACAAUCAGCCAGCAACAGAGGGAUUUCCUCGAGGCUCAGAUACAAAAUUAUGAUAAGCAUGUUGCCUACAGUGCUGAACGAUCACGAUCUUUGUCAAGAAGAAGGAGAUCCUCAUCCACAGCACCACCAACUUCAUCAGAGAGUAGCUAGAAGAGAAUAAGUUAACCACAAAAUAAAGACUUCUUGCCAUCAUAUGGUCAAUAUUUUAGCUUUUAUUGUAAAGCCCUAUGGUUCUAACCAGUGUUAUCUGGGUUCUGAUGUCAGAAUCCUGGAAACCUGAACACAAUGUUUUAGGCCAAAAUGAGUGAAAACUCUUU